AUGGCGUCCUCAAAGUCCCAGGCCAGCAAAGGUGUAGACAAGCGGAAGAGAGAAAAGCUAGACCAGGAGGACUCCUCACACAAGAAGAAAAGGAGACAAAAGCACCAGGACAAGCACGACGAAACCCCAAGCGCAUCGCCCAGGAAGAAAGCAGCAGCGCCUGCUGCUGAGGACCAGCACGGUUCAGAAGACGAUUCGACUUUCAAUGACUUAUUAUCCAAGCACAACAAGCCACGGACUCAAUCGAACGGCGAAAGCACAAAGGCCAAGACCCUACAGAAAUGGAGGAUCUCGGAGCCAAUGGGUGGAAGAAUGUCUGAUAUAGAUCCCAUUUUCAGUGCCGAUGAAAAGUCUCUCCUCGUCGCCUACGAUACCUCCCUCCAAGUAUACUCCGUUGCCGACUCUCUUCUCGUCCGCAGGAUCGCCCUACCCCUGAUCGGCGCAAACAAUGGCGCACCCUACCUUGUGGCUGCUGCUCUCUCCCAAGUGACAACAGAUCUAGUUUGGCUUGCGUCUUCCGACGGCAGGAUAUGGCGGAUAAACUGGAGGACAGGAGCUGGCACAGAGAAUUGCCUCCAAACGGAUGCAGGUGUCAUACAUGACAUGACUCUUGGUGCCGUCACCGUCAACAAGAGACCAACCGACAUCCUGUAUGUUUCAGAGAGUCUCAAGAAUGGUCACAGAAUUGUGGCAUACGACCCAUCUGAUCUCGCCCAGCCAACGAGCCAGGUGUUGAAAAAGCAGUUAGGAAAAGCGACCAUUCUGCGAACCACAAAUGGGGGCAGCAUCCUUACCGCCGCCACGGGGAACACGCUGAUGGUGGGUGCUGCACGGCAGAAGAGCGUUGGAAGUAUUGUGGAUCUGGCCUACGACUUUUAUUCCAUUAACACUAGCGACGACGUCUGCUGUCUGAGCGUGAGGCUCGCACCAAAAAAAUCAGGCUCGAAGAAGAAGGCCGCACAUGAGUCCAGCGAACCUGUACUGGAUGUUGCUGUCGGAGGUGUGCGAGGAGCCAUCUACAUAUACUCGGAUCUGCUCUCGCAAUUGCGAGCCAAAUCGCGGAAGGGCCUUGAGGUACCAAAGAAGCAACAUUGGCACCAAAGGGCCGUCCAUAGCAUUUAUUGGUCACCUGACGAUACUGGCAAGCUUGAUUUCCUGCCUCACCUCGCAGCCAGCAUCGAAAACGUCGUAGUGUCUCCCAGCGGCGCCUCUUACGCUGUCCAUAUGGAUGACAAUUCGACAAUGAUACUUUCUACCGCCGAGAUGAAGCCGACGACCUACGUAUCUGGGCUUCAAUCAUUGGUCUUUGACGCUCAAAAACCAAAGGACGCACUUGUGGGUCGAAUUUUUGAGGGUCUUAGAGAGAUUAAUGCACCACUAGCAGCAGCCAUUGAUCCAAAAGAUCCGUCGCAACUGCUCAUCUGCGUUGGAACCAGCCAGCAGGCCAGUCGGACUGGACCUCUACCCGUUACGCCGUUCCUUCAACGGUUUGAUCUGGGCUCGUUCCAAAGCAUAUCUAAACAGCCCCUGACGAGGACGAAUACCACGGAGCUGUACACUGCACCAAAUGGCUACCCUAUAGUCGAGCCGCGGGCGUGCCAGCUUGCGUUCUCCUUUGACGGAAGAUGGCUUGCCACAAUCGACGAAUGGGAGCCACCAGAGCGAGACACAAACGCACUCACCGAGGGCUCAAACGCUGCAGCAAUAGAGUAUUCGCGUGAGCGUCGGGAAAUCUACCUGAAGUUCUGGGAGACGAAGGAGGAUGGGACGACCAUGGAGCUAUCGAGCAGGAUCAAUGGUCCUCACUCAACUCGGCAGUCAGAUGAGGUCUUCGACAUCGCUGCAGAUAAGGUUUCCAACAAGUUCGCCACGGUCGGCGAGGACGGCGUCGUGCGGAUAUGGUCGCCCCAACUCCGUGAGCGUGACGGCCUGACGACCACUGCCCCAAACGGCCAGGCGCUGGUUAGCUGGUCAUGCGUUCGGACGAUUGCCCUUGGUGAAAGCACAAAGUCGCAAGACGAGCUGUUGCCCUUGGGUGGUCGGGCAACGUACAAGAAGAGCGGGGCCCUGACAUACUCCGAGGAUGGGUCGAUUCUUUUCGUUGCUUACGGUCACUACAACGAAAUCGUGAUUUACAUCAUCGACAUGGAGUCGGGUGAGAUCCGCAACACCCUCCACGAUAUGUGCAAGGGCGCGAUCCGAUCGCUGCAGCUCUUGACCUCGUGCCUUGUCAUCCUCUCAGAAGACCUCGCAGUCUACGACCUCGUGGCAGACGAGCUCCGGUACGGCGUCAAGCUGGGACAGCGGUCCGAGCCCGCUGCGCGACUGACGCACCUCGCGGUCGACCAGACCUCAAAAACCUUCGCCAUCUCCGUGCCCUUCCUCAGGGGGGCCAACGGCCGGCUGUCCCGCGGCGCCGUCUCGGAGGUGGCCAUCUUCGGACUGGACGACAACGAGCCGCUGCUCAUGCAGAAGCUGCCCCACCUGCUCACAUCCGUCCUGCCGGCCGCAGGGUCCCCGGGCUUCAUCGCCGUCGACUCGGCCGCCCAGAUCUGGCCCAUCACCGAGGGCGCCGACUCGAGCAAUAUCGCCCGCCCGCUCUCUGAGCUUAAGCUCGACGACUUGCCGGCCGACCAGGAGCCUGCCGCCGAGAGCACCGUUGUCCUCCUAAACGGCAACGGCGAUGACGAGGAGGAGGCCAGCGAUGGCGAGCAAGAGGAGGCAAUGGACGUAGACGAUGACGAUGACGACGCGCACGCCGCUGUCGUCGCGCCGCAGCGGCUGGCUGAGAUCUUCGACGCGGCCCCUGCGUUCGCGAUGCCACCCAUCGAGGACACCUUCUACCAGGUGGUUAGGCUGUUCGCGCAGAAGCCUACUGCGCCAUGA